CACUGAUCAAGUGGCAUAUUUCAAAUUUCCGCAGCUUUUCUGCGUAACAAGCGUGCAAAAUAGAACACAAUAAGUACCCAAAUGUAAAAGCGUUGGAUUAUUAUAAAAAUGUCGCAAAAUGCAUUAGACAAAUAUCCAAAAACGACAAUUGCUCAGCUCUUUGACAUGAGCAUCAAACCAUAUCUGUGCUGGCAAAAUUUUCAAACCGUUUUCAGCCUUUCUCCGUUGAGAAAACGUGUGCGCAUUGAUAUUGAAAAAUAUCCAGCAUAUGUGGUUUAUUGUUUUUUGGGCCAUGCUAGCCUCAAGAAUCUGAGUGCCGAGGAAAUGGCGACACUACAAACUUUGGCCUGUAUGGUAUAUAUGUUGCCCGAUAUUGACCCCGAUAUACGCAUAUCACGCAAUAAUCUGAUGUAUAGAGCUUUCCAGUCGAGUUCUUCGCUCGAACCGAUGCUCAUCCAUUACUUCACCGACAAUCUAGUGAAUCUCUUCCAGCAGAUAAGUAACAGCACUGAAUGCAUGUUGAACAUUGCCACCUUCAUCUCUCGCAAGACUUCCUUAGGACUCGCGGUGGCCGUUUGUUUGAUGUGGAGCAUUAUCUUUCGCAGCAACGGAAGCGACGUGGAAAUACAUCAAUUCCACGAUUUGAGUGAACUUAUCGGGAUACUGUCAACGCUACGCAUCGAAGACGUUGAGCCGCGCAUGUUCUAUAAUUUAAUGCACUCAAUUGGCUCUCUGCUGCACUUGACGCUGUGCAACAAGUGGCAGGAAUUGUUCAGGGCACACGGAUAUCCAGCCAACUACUUUCGAUUGCGGACACAGGACGGACGCAUGUUGCAUGCAUGGGUGGAGAAAGCAGAUCACUACUAUCGCGGACACACCAAGCUAAUUGGCCGUCGCAUCCGCAUUGUGGCAACCAAGGUGAUGGGCUCUCUGCAGUAUCUGGAGUCAAACUCCUCUGAAUGGUGCCUCAUCUGUCACAGUCGCUCUACCUAUGGUGUCUGUGUGCUGGGACAGAUCAACAAUCGCUUCGACUGCUCCAAAGUGUAGAAAGUAUGUAGUUGUAUUACCAAAAGCACAAAAAAU